GGGUCGUGACGCGAAAAACAUGCGCAUGUAACCUUGUGUUUGAGGAGCGUUAUCAAAUCAGCAGGUAGUGGGUCUAAAAACCCGUAAUGACACACUUUGUUGUCUUGUUAAAUCGGGAAACAUGAGCAAAUAUAUUUUACCGGCCUCCGUUUUUGGAACCGUGUUCGGCUGCGCUGUUUUACUGAAGAGCAAGGUCACUGGAGGCCCCUGUCCCAGUAAGGCUACCAUUAAAGGGAAGACUGUGGUUAUAACAGGGGCGAACACGGGCAUCGGGAAGGAAACAGCCCGGGAGCUGGCCAAGAGAGGGGGUCGGAUCAUCAUGGGCUGCCGGGACAUGGAGAAGUGCGAGGCGGCUGCGAAGGAAAUCCGAGGGAAGACCCUGAAUCCCCAUGUUUAUGCGUGCCACCUUGACCUCGCCUCGAUGAAAUCCAUCCAUCAGUUUGCAGAGAGAGUCAAACAAGACGAGCAGCGUGUGGAUAUACUGAUAAACAAUGCAGGAGUGAUGAGAUGUCCAGCAUGGAAGACAGAGGACGGCUUCGACAUGCAGUUUGGAGUAAACCACUUAGGCCACUUCCUGUUGACAAAUCUCCUGCUGGAUAAGUUAAAAGACUCCGCCCCCAGCAGAGUGAUCAACCUGGCCUCACUCGCCCACAUUGUUGGAAAGAUCGACUUCGACGACCUGAACUGGGAGAAGAAGAAGUUUGAUACCAAGCAGGCGUACUGCCAAAGCAAGCUGGCCAAUGUUCUGUUCACCAGAGAACUCGCCAAGCGUUUAGAAGGUACAGGAGUCACGGUGAAUGCAGUGCACCCUGGGGUCGUGGCCACAGAGCUCGGGAGGCACACCGGCCUGCACCAGUCCCAGUUCUCAAGCUCAGUCCUCAGUCCCUUUUUCUCCCUCCUGGUGAAGGGCCCGGAGCUGGGGUCCCAGCCCAGCGUCUACCUGGCUGUUGCUGAGGAGCUGGAGGGCGUGACGGGCCGCUACUAUGAUGUGAUGACAGAAAAGGAGCCGGCACCCCAGGCCCUGGAUGAGGAGGCGGCUCGCAUGCUGUGGGAGGUUAGCAGCAGGCUGGUGGGUCUGGAGGAGGAGCGAGGACAGACCGGCAAGAUGAAUACACCAGCAGAAGGCCAGAGCAAAGCUGCACAGGCAAACCCAGCACAGACAAGUCCAGCACCGGCUGUAAGAGGCGUGGUGGCCUAGGCCCGGGCCAGCAGUGAACGAUGGACCUUUAGGACUUGAGCUGUGAUGUGGAUGAGAGCCUUACGGGAAGAGUUAAUUGUCUGAGAGUGUAAUUCUGGUUGUCUGACAGUGUGUAAUGGCAACCUUUUGCACAUAUGCUUACAUUCCUGCAUCAGGAUAUCAUGUUUAAAUAAACUGUUUCACAAGCUUU